UGCCCUAUUGGUUGCGGCUGCCACCGAAGGGACACCGUACUUGCGCUAGGUUGCACCUUCCGCUGGCUCCGAGCUUCCUAGACCCGCUCGGCGCGAUGGCGUCUCAGGGUCGUCGGCGGAGACCGCCGCGGAGGCUUGAGACUGUGGUGCGAGGGGAGGCGGCCGAGACAGAUUCAGAGCUUUCUGCAACCUCGUCGGAAGAGGAGCUGUACCUGGGACCCUCGGGCCCAACGCGCGGCCGCCCCACCGGGCUACGGGUGGCCGGGGAAGCCGCAGAGACCGACUCGGACACCGACCCGGAACCGACGGCCGCACCGCGGGACCUGCCUCCGCUCGUGGUGCAGCGGGAAACGGCUGGGGAAGCCUGGGGUACCGAAGAGCCCCCAGCGGCCGCCCCUGCGCUCUCGCUGCUGCAGCUCCGGCUGGCGGAGAGCCAGGCGCGCCUAGACCACGAUGUGGCGGCCGCUGUGAGCGGCGUGUACCGCCGGGCGGGCCGCGAUGUGGCUGCCCUGGCCAGUAGGUUGGCGGCCGCCCAGACGGCGGGGUUGGCGGCAGCCCACAGCGUGCGCCUGGCACGGGGGGAUCUCUGCGCGCUGGCCGAGCGCUUGGACAUCGUGGCCAGCUGCAGCCUGCUGCCAGACAUCCGCGGCGUGCCGGGGACUGAGCCGAAGCAAGACCCAGGACCGCGGGCCUAGCUAUAACCUGCCUGACUCUGCAUCCUCCGGGAGCCCUUGUGACCUGGCUCUGUACAGCCCCCAUCCCGUACUGUUGUCACCCUCAGGGCUAACCCCACCCCGUGAAUAACGUUGCAAACGUGUGUGUUGAUGGGGGGUGAGGUAAUGGUGCUCAGACCCGCCCCUUGUGUCUGGUUCUCCAUGUGGUCCUGGCCCUUCUCCCUGGUUCCUGGCAGCCUGUGUCUGAGGCUUGGCUCCAGCCCCUGGGUAACUGGCCCCUCCUUGAUCUGUCUCCAUCCUGGGUGCUGACUGUGCCCACCUUGCCCUGUGCUCUGCUUUUCUAAGUUUGGUCUCUGCUCCCAGGGGUUGAUGCUGCUUCCCACAGGAGCCCCAGCAUCUAUUUGUUGGGGCUGUCACCUUCCCCCCUCCGUACAGACACCGUGCUUCCACUGGGUAGUGCAUCCCACAGGCUCUGAGCUUCCUGGCCAGGUUCCCUGGCGCCUUCCUUCACCCUCUUAGCUCCGCCUCCACUCCUAGCUAGACUUCUAGAAUUUUGUCUGCCUUGGCUGGACCCUGUUUCUAUCUCCUAGUUUUAGUCCUUGCUCUGCCAUCUCUGGCUCCUUUUCCUUGGUCUUAGCUGGCCCCGGUGAGCCUGAUCUCAUCUCCUGGGUCCAGUUUUACCCUUAGGAUUGGUUUUACUUCGUUUUUGCUUUUCCCUUCCAGCGUAUACUACCUGCCUGUUCCUGGGCUUCGAAACCCGCUGCAGCUUUCGUCAUCAGGCCCAAGAUGUGUGGCCUGCCGCCCACUCUAGGGGCAUCUCCUCCAGACCCAAGUAGAUGGGCCCUCCACCCUCUCCAGGCCAAAGUAGCACCUUGUGCCUGAGCUCCAGAUAGAAAACGGGCCCCCUCCUGACUGUCCAGGGGGAUAAUGGCACCCUUCCCUUAGGGCUCAACACAGGCAGCCCUGCUGCUUUGGAUGCAGCGAUACUGCUUUGCAGAGGCGGACCGCACGCAUGGAGUUCGUUCAUCGUGUUGACCCCUGGAUGCUAAGAGGACUUGGAUUUCUGUUCCUUCUUCUGGCUACAACCCUAACCCUUUAGCCUCAUUCACAUUUAUUCCUGUCCCCCCUCUUUUGUCCCAACUGAAAGCUGAGAGCUGAACCCCCAGCAUGGAGAAGUAGGGAAGAACACUAUGGCAGGCUCAUGAAAACGCACAACAUUGACUGACGUGGUCAUUUCCUCUUAUCUCUCCACCUGUGCUGGGGUGGGUUGGCUAGUGAUUUCUCUGAGACGUGAGGGUCCCACGAGAGCUGGGACCUGCUGCCUGGCCUGUUGAAGGUGAAGCUGUAGCUGGCGAUGAGGGUUCCGAGUGUUCUGCUUUUUUGCCUGGUUUUGCACUUCCUUGUAUUCUGUUGUAUACAUUUGCAGGGCAUGCUGGGAGCCACAGCCAGUCUGGGCCCUCGCCAAGCUCACAGUCCACUGGUAGAGACAGACAUUAAUAAAAUACUCUCAUAAAUAAAUGGAUAGUUUUAAUAAUUACGGCUUGUACUUUUAAUUUUUCUGUCACUAUGAUUAGUGUCAUAAAGAGAUAACGAGUUUUGUGAGGGUGUAACUGCCCUCUGGCGACCUCGUCUGGGGAGACGGAUCGGGGAGGUCAGAUGGCUUUGCUGAGGAAGCGAUGAGUGAGUUUGAGCUGAACCCUAAAGGUAUAAAUAAAUGAAACUGG